AUGUCGUUCAAAGGUUUCAAGAAAACAAUUGUGCGGGCACCGCAAUCGAUUCGUCAAAAAAUGAAUAUGGGGGAGAUUACCCAAGAUGCCGUGUACAUGGAUGCCGAACGUCGGUUCAAAGAAUUAGAAGUUGAAACCAAAAAGCUCAGCGAUGAAUCCAAACGGUACUUUUCAGCUGUAAAUGGGAUGCUUGAUUUUCAAAUUGACUUUUCUAAAGCCAUUGAGGAAAUUUACAAGCCAAUCAGUGGACGGUUGAGUGAUCCCAAUAGUACUGUUCAAGAGGACAAUCCGGAAGGGAUUAAGGCAAGUGAAGGAUAUCGUGAAGUUGUCAAGGCAUUAAAGGAAGAAUUAAAACCAGAUUUGGAAUUGAUUGAAAAGCGUAUUGUUCAUCCUGCUCAAGAAUUAUUGGAUGUUAUCUCAAGUAUUCGGAAGAUGGCCACCAAAAGAGAUCACAAACAAGUUGACUUGGACAGACAUAAGCGUAAUUACAAAAAGUAUGCGGACAAGAAGGAACGUACAGCCAAAGAUGAAGAAAAAAUGUACAAUGCUGAAGCAGAAGUUCAAAUUGCAACUCAGGAAUAUGAUUAUUAUAAUGAUAUGAUGAAGCAAGAGCUACCAAUAUUGUUUCAAAUGCAAAAUGAUUUCAUUCGACCUUUAUUUGUUAGUUUCUACUACAUGCAAUUGAAUAUUUUCUAUACUUUGUAUACUCGGAUGGAAGAGUUAAAGAUUCCAUACUUUGAGUUGAACCUGGAUAUUGUGGAAGCUUAUACUUUGAAAAAGGGGAACAUUGAAGAACAAACAGAUGCCAUUGGGAUCACUCAUUUUAAAGUGGGCCAUGCCAAACUGAAGUUGGAAAUGACAAAGAGACGGUAUGCAGCACAGGGGGUAGCUGUAGGUGGCGCAGAAGGAGGAGAAGCAGCUCCAGCUUAUGGUCAAUACGGCCAAUAUGGCCAAGCUGGAGGGGUUCCUCCUGCUAAACCUGGAGCACCAGCUUAUGGUCAAUAUGGCCAAUAUGGUGCGGCCGGUGGAGAGGCUGCUGCUGCUCCUCCGCCAUACUCUAGUGGUACUGUUGUUUCACCUGUAUCUGCUACCCCAACAUAUGGUAGUUAUGGGUCUCAGCCUAGCACUGCCACCGCUUAUGGUGCCCCCGUCCCUGCUGCGGUAGCCCUGCCAACAGUAGCUAGUCCUGCCGUUCCUGGUGCUGAAAUUUGUACUGCUUUGUACGACUAUACAGCUCAGGCUCAAGGGGAUUUGACAUUCCCUGCUGGAGCCAAAAUUGAGAUUGUGCAACGGACAGCAGAUGCGAAUGGCUGGUGGACAGGUCGUUAUAACGGACAGACUGGAGUCUUUCCCGGCCAAGUUGGGAAUGUCCAGCCUCAAGCUGAGGGAAUAGGCGAAGCUGAUGCUAUUACUUCACCCACUGCACUUGAAACUGGUUCUACGCCUAUGGUGGUAUCUUCUCCGUCUCAUCUGACGCUGUCACAUCACUCUGAUUUCCUCAGACCUUUGCUACACCAUAAAUCAAGGUCUUCCAAUAAUGUUCACCCAAGUCACGCUCCUCAUGGUUCAACUCUUCUUGGGGCACGAGACCGGGCUCGUUCCAAUUCUAAUGUUUCCCUUAAACAAAGUAUUGAUUCAUUUGUUGCUCUGAACUAUCAUGACGAAAAUAGCAAGUACUUUGGUGUUCCGUUGGAAGAUGCGAUCAACCAAGCCGCUGCCAAAAUUUCUAUUCUAGCAGGUGCUGGCUCUGGAGCUGAUACUGAUUCUAAUGGUAUUCAAUAUGGUAAGAUCCCCAUUGUCGUGGCAAAAUGUGGUGUCUUUCUUAAAAAGAAGGGAUUGACUGUUGAAGGUAUUUUUAGAGUUGGAGGUUCUUCCAAACGUAUCAAGGAACUUCAAUCUAUUUUUAACAGCCCUCCUGAUUUCGGUAAAAAGUUAAGUUGGGAAGGUUAUAAUGUUCAUGAUGCUGCUAGUAUACUCAGAAGGUACUUGAAUGCUUUACCAGAACCUUUAAUUCCUUUAGCCUUCUACCAGGAAUUUAGAAUGCCUUUAUUAAACAGACCUCGUGUCAUCAAUUAUCUUAAAUUCAAAGCAGAAAACCCAAAGAGAACUCCGUCGACCUCAAGUCCUACUAAAGGUGGUACUUCUAAACCUUCAGGAGUUUCUGGUUCUUCUGAUUUCUCUCAUGGCCACAAUACAACACAACACUCUCCGAACUCUCUUCCAUCCAACAAUGCGGCAGGAUCGUCGCUGCCUUCUGAAACGUUGUCUGAUCGGGAUUAUAGAUUAGAAAAGGCAUUAGAGAACGAAGUCAUAGAGUCUAUGAUACCCAAAUCCCCUCAUUUGACAUCUAUUACUUCUAAAGAGGCUCCAAUUUUACCUAACUUGGAUCAAAUUGCUGGCUCAAGUACACAAGCACACUCGAAUUCCAAAGCUAUGGACAGGUCCAUGACAACAACACCCGAUUCUGCAAAUUCAAAAGACUCUACUCCUAAACCUACUGAAGGUGGCUCCAAACAUAGUCGAUCGUUACUGCAUCAGAAGCGCAAAUACAAAAAGCUUACAAAGGACGUCCAUGAUGCAAUUGAUGAUUAUACACAUUUGGUUGAGCAAUUACCAAUUCUUUCCAAACAAUUGCUCUUUUAUAUUUUAGAUCUUUUAGCUAUGGUUCAGAAUCAUUCUUCAGAGAACAGAAUGCCCUCGAGAAACCUUGCAGCAAUCUUCCAACCUUCAAUCCUUUCGCAUCCUAAUCACGAUAUGGACCCUGAGGAAUAUGCCUUGAGUCAAUAUGUUGUGGAGUUCCUUAUACAAUAUGCAUAUCGUUUGUUACCAAAUGAAGAGCAUAAAAAGGUGCCUCCUAAAGAGUCAAUUCCACUUGAAGCCCCCGAUCCAAUUGUUCCCACUUCAUCUGCUCAAACAGCAGAAACUUUUGUUCCUCUGAUAACAUUUGGGGGAGCUGAAGAUCCUGGUACCACGACUGAAGUAACAACACCUAACCGAAAGCCAAAAGCUCCUACUUCAGUUAUUCCCAAAACGCCAUCAGAUGAUCAAUCCGUUGACUCAUUAACUCCCGAAAAGGUUAUAUUAAGUGAUACUACUAAAGCAGACGCCCCAUCUACAUUGGCAGUGUCGAAAACUCCUGCAUCAUACCGUCCGCAUUCAAAGUCGCUCCCUGUCAAUAGCAAUGAUGAGGAUUUGGUUGUUUAUCAAACCCCAUCAGCCUUGCCCUCGGAACGUAAUGUCAUAGAUUCAGAUAUUGGAAUGACAGAUGAUUCAAGUGACGAUGAAGGAGAAGGUAAUCCUUCGUCACCACAUGAUGUUGCACAAAAACUCUCGGAUAUGAAGUUAUCUAAGUCUGAACCAUUGGCAGAUAAAGAUCAAGAUCAAGAACUUCUUGAAAAUGAAUUUGACUUCGGUGAGCCUACCGAUGAUAUUGUUGGUAACGAUGAUACUAAGCCAACAAGAGAUGUGACUAAGGAAGUAGUUGAUACUUCAGUACAUCCCUCUCCGACUUUGGAUGACAAUCAAGAGCCUGAGUGUGAAAUAUUAGAGUCAACCACACCUCCAAUAAAAAAUGGUGGAGAUGCUGGAAUCAAUAAUUCGCCUCAGAUUAUUGUAUCCGAAUUUUCUAAGGAUUAA